UUGUUAUUUCCGUUUUUCUUCAAGUUUAGCUUUUCUCUCUCUCUCAUCUCAUAUGCUCCCUUCAUGCCUAGGCUAUAUUUGAUUCUCAAAUAUAUGUGUUUACAUUAUUUAUUUAUUUAUUUUCUAUUCAUUUUCUGGUCUUAAAUCCGACAUCAUCAGAACCUUUGCAAAAGUUGCUCCAUUAUGGGUGAGGUUGGUGCGUGUAUGAGGAUCUGCCCCUGAUUUAGAUUGCCAUAAAGGUAUGCUGCCAAGCUCAUUCCUUCCUGAAAGCUUCCCUCAAAUCUCACAUAUCCAUGGCUUUCAUGGUUGAGCUUCUUUCUUCAAACUCAGACACUGGAAGAACAGAAGUAUGAGAUUUUUUGAGAGAUAAGAAAUUAAAAAAGAAAAUUUAUUCGACAAUAAUUGGGAUGAUUCUCCCCGUUGAGUUGCUGAGGAAGAAAAGAUGCUAGCUUUGAUAUGGGAUUUGGGAUGAAGGAAGAAAAGAAGGUUUUGAAAUUGAAAGAGUAAUUAUUAUCAUCAAAAGAGUUGAAUUUGAUUGGUAGGUGAAGAAGCCAACAUGGCAACACCAUCGCUGCCGCCAAUAAUCGCCCCAAGGAAGAAAAUGACAAAACAAUUAACAGGAAAAAGGGAUGAUACGCCCUUGCAUUCUGCAGCAAGAGCAGGGAAUUUGGCUGUGUUGAAGGAAACCAUUUUGGGAACGAAUGAGGCUGCAUUACGUGAAUUAUUAGCCAAGCAGAACCAAGAUGGAGAAACACCCCUUUAUAUUGCUGCUGAGUAUGGUUAUGUUGAUGUGGUCAGGGAGAUGAUUCCGUAUUAUGAUCUUGCUGAUGCUGGAAUUAAAGCCAGAAAUGGUUUUGAUGCAUUGCACAUUGCUGCCAAACAAGGGGAUUUAGAUGUGCUGAAGAUCCUUAUGGAGGGUCAUCCUGAGUUGUCAAUGACUGUGGAUCCAUCCAACACCACAGCUUUGCACACAGCUGCAUUACAAGGGCACACUGAGAUAGUGAAAUUCAUAUUGGAGGCAGGGAGUAGUCUUGCAACCAUUGCUAGAAGUAAUGGUAAAACAGCACUUCAUUCUGCUGCAAGAAAUGGACAUUUAGAGGUUGUGAAGGCACUUCUUGAGAAGGAGCCUGGGGUUGCAACAAGAACCGACAAGAAGGGACAGACAGCACUUCACAUGGCAGUGAAGGGGCAGAAUCUUGAGGUGGUAGAGGAGUUGAUCAAUGGAGAUCCCUCAUCAAUAAACAUGGUUGAUAGUAAGGGAAACACAGCAUUGCAUAUAGCAACUAGGAAGGGCAGAGCUCAGAUUGUGAAGUUGCUUCUGGAACAAAAGGAAACGGCUACAAAUGCCGUGAAUAGGUGCGGUGAAACAGCAUUAGACACUGCUGAGAAAACAGGGAACCAUGAUUUGAAAGUCAUUCUACUGGAACAUGGUGUUCAGAAUGCGAGGACCAUAAAGCCCCAGAAGGGCACAACGGCUACUACAGCCCGUGAGUUGAAACAAACGGUGAGUGACAUAAAGCACGAAGUCCACCACCAGUUGGAACACACACGCCAAACCAGAAAACGAGUCCAAGGCAUUGCCAAACGCAUCAACAAAAUGCAUGUUGAAGGACUCAACAACGCAAUCAACUCCACAACUGUGGUGGCAGUGCUAAUUGCCACGGUGGCAUUUGCUGCUAUAUUCACGGUCCCCGGCCAAUUUGUUGAUGACCCUAACAACAUUCCUCCAGGGAUGUCACUUGGUGAGGCAAACAUAGCCCCACAAGCCUCAUUCAUCAUUUUCUUUGUGUUUGAUUCCAUUGCAUUGUUCAUCUCUUUAGCGGUGGUGGUGGUGCAAACUUCGGUUGUGGUUAUAGAAAGCAAGGCAAAGAAGCAGAUGAUGGCUGUGAUUAACAAGCUAAUGUGGCUGGCUUGUGUUCUUAUUUCGGUGGCCUUCUUGGCUUUGUCGUUUGUAGUGGUGGGGAAGGAAGAGAAGUGGUUGGCCAUAGGAGUCACCAUUAUAGGGGCAACCAUAAUGGCUACGACCUUGGGAACUAUGUGUUACUGGGUCAUUAGGCAUCGCAUUGAGGCCUCAAAUUUGAGGAACGUACGAAAAUCUUCAUUGCAAAGCAAGUCCAAGUCUUUUUCAGUCUCGGCUUUUUCAGAUUCUGAGCUACUAAACAGUGAGUAUAAUAAGAAAAUGUAUGCGAUUUAGAACUUGCUAAGCUUAUUCCCCUAAUUCCCUUUUUUUUCAAUUUAAAAGUACCUGGCUAGAUCGAACUAUAUCCAACUAAAGUGGGACUUCCAAAUGUAUAUCUCAACAAAUGGCUAAUGCUAAUAACGUGAA